UCUUCCUCUCCUCUACCACUAAUAUAAAUCAACACAACAGCCACCCCCACGUACAAACCCACCAAACCUUGGUCAGUUUCUCUUUCUUUAAUUUCUUGUCUGUCUGUUAAUAAUAUUAGGCUUCUUCUUUGGGUUGGGAUCUUUCUUCUUUCGAAGAAUAACCCAAAGAAAGAAGAAGAAUAUAAUGGCGAAAAGUAGUAGUGGAGAGGAUGAUCAAGAAUGGGCAGGCGAAAACCAGGCGCUUUCGACAGAAAAAGCAUUCGAGAACGAAGACGUGCCAACAUGGGGCAAACAAAUAACGUUGAGGGCAAUGGUGACUGGUUUGAUUCUCAGCGUUGUCUUCAACUUCAUUGUUUGCAAACUCAAUCUCACCACUGGUGUUAUCCCUUCUCUUAACGUGGCCGCUGGCCUCUUGGGCUUCGCCGCGAUUAGGUCAUGGACUGCUGUUAUUGAGAAGUUUGGCAAGUUGAAGCAACCUUUUACUAGGCAAGAGAAUACCGUCAUCCAGACCUGCGUCGUUGCUUCUUCUGGCAUUGCUUUUAGCAGCGGGACAGCAAGUUAUAUGUUGGGAAUGAGUCCAUACAUAGCAUCUCAGGCAGAUGCAGGAAAUACUCCAAAUAAUACUAAGAAGCUUGCUAUUGGUUGGAUGCUUCCCUAUCUUCUUGUUGUGAGCUUUGCUGGUCUCUUCUCAAUUGUUGCACUCAGAAAGAUGAUGAUAAUGAAGUACAAGUUAACAUAUCCAAGUGGAACUGCAACUGCAUACCUUAUCAACUGUUUCCACACUCCUAAAGGAGCAAAGCUGGCCAAGAAACAAGUUGGUUCUUUGUUCAAAACCUUUGGCGGCAGCUUUAUAUUUGCGGCUAUUCAGUGGAUAUUUGCACGUGAAGAAGGCUGCGGAUUUGGUAGCAUUCCUACAUUUGGAGCCCAAGCCUAUGCUAAAAAGUUCUAUUUUGACUUCUCCGCAACAUAUGUUGGAGUUGGUAUGCUUUGUCCCUACAUGGUCAACAUAUCAUUGCUAAUUGGUGCCAUAGUUUCAUGGGCUAUCAUGUGGCCCAUGAUUGAAGAAAAGAAAGGCGACUGGUACUCUGCCAAGUUAUCCGCAACAAGUCUUCAUGGUAUCCAAGGAUAUAGGGUAUUUAUCGCAAUUGCCAUGAUGCUUGGAGAUGGUCUAUUCCAUUUUGUCUACAUGUUGGUGGUCACAAUCUCAAGUUUCGCAAAGAGGAAAUCAGGACAGGAAGAUUAUUCAGGUGAAGGGUCCUCAGAAGACUACGACAAUGAGAUACGAAACAAGUACUUCUUGAAAGACCAGAUUCCCAACUGGGCAGCCGUUGGUGGAUACGCUGCUAUUGCAGUCAUAUCUAUCAUUGUUGUACCCAUAAUCUUCCACUCACUCAAAUGGUAUCACAUUUUGGUUGCCUACUUAAUCGCUCCAAUUUUGGCCUUCUGCAAUUCUUAUGGAGCCGGCCUCACUGACUGGUCCCUGGCCUCAAAUUACGGAAAAAUUGCAAUUCUUACGUUUAGUUAUUGGGUUGGUUUGGAGAAUGGUGGAGUGAUUGCUGGUCUUGCUUCAUGUGGUUUGAUGAUGAGCAUACUAGACACAGCUUCUGGCUUGAUGGGAGAUUUCAAGACUGGUUAUUUAACCCUUACAUCGCCGCGUUCCAUGUUCUUUAGCCAACUCAUUGGAACUGCCAUGGGUUGUGUUAUAACCCCUCUAGUCUUCUGGAUUUUCAACAGUGCCUAUCGUUUGGGUGAUCCAGAAGGUGCAUACCCUGCACCAUAUGCUCUCAUGUAUCGUGGAAUCGCACUACUUGGCGUGGAAGGUUUUGGAAGUCUUCCCAAGCAUUGCCUCAGGCUAUCUAUUUGGUUCUUUCUCGCUGCUAUUCUGAUCAACCUAAUGACUCAGCUGCUGAAGAAAUUCGAGACCAAGUUUGGAAUUUAUCGAUUCAUUCCGAGUCCAAUGUGCAUGGCCAUACCAUUUUACCUUGGAGGGUACUUUGCCAUUGACAUGUGUGUAGGGUCAUUGUUCCUGUUCCUUUGGCAAAGGUAUAACAAGCAGCUAGCAAAAGAUUUUGGACCUGCAGUGGCUUCUGGUCUAAUAUGUGGUGACUCCUUGUGGGGAAUUCCAGCAUCUGUUCUUGCUCUAGCUGGUGUGAAAGCUCCAUUUUGCUUGAAAGUUUGACAUGGAGGUGCCUGAUUUAGUCACAUAAUCAUUGUACAGACCACUUUUGAUUGUCUUUGACUGUCAAAUUUGGUUAUUUUAGUCUCUUAGCUUAAAAUGUUAUUUGAAGGUUUAAGUAUUUUAUUACUUUAGUAGUAUUAAGAUAAGUUGUGUUUCUAUACAGUUGCUGUUUUCGAAUUUCUAGACAAAUUUUGCGUGUUUUGAAUUUCGUUGAUAUAUUAUUGGAUUAUGAUUUU